AUGGAAAAUGUGUACAAAGAAUUAGACUUUAUUAAGUCAAUGUUUACAGAUAGGGGGUAUCCUGGUUCCCUAUUGAAUGAUGCAGUAAAUUACUUAAGCAAUAAAUGGGGUAAAAAAUGCACUCUGAUUCUGGGUCUUCCAUUUGCAGCUCGCAGAAUGUUUGAUGAAAAUGGAAAAGAAAUAAAGCUUCUGAAAGGGCUUCAAAGAAAACAACUGGUAUAUGUUUCUUGUGGAGAGCAAUGGAUUGAUCCUCAACUUACUGUUGCAGAGAAGAAGAAGCGUGUUUUAAUAAGCAGUUUGACUUCUGAUAUUACCUUGAUUCGUAACUACUGUGCAAUACGCAGCACUGAAGGACUAGUUCUAGAAGUUGUUGGUGAGCUGACUGCUGGAGCCAAACUGGCAUUAGCCCAUUGUGCAGUACCCUCAGAACCAGAAGAUGAAAAUGAAUCUUCCCACCAAGAAGAAGAUGAAGAAGAAGAGGAGAGAAAAAGGCAGAAUGAAGAAAAAUUAGAAAAGUAUUUUUCUGAACAUAUGGAUUCACACACAAAAUCACACAUUGCAACUGAUGCCCUGCACUCAAAGGUCAAAUAUUCCUGGCAGCAAGAUGACAGCAGUGUGCAUGAAGAAGGUAUAACUUCUGAAGGAGAGGAUAGCAAACUUCUGAAUAAUAGGCCUCAGCUGAAAAUAACCAAGGUGCAACAAGUCCAUCGCCAGCAGUUUGAAUUCCAAGGUGGAUACAUUGUAAAUUGUAGGUUUCCUAGCCUUGUUCUUGGAGUAGAGAGUUCUGAAACAUACCCUGGUGCAGAUGUGGUAUUGAUGAUCAAGAGACCCGAUGAUAUCAAUCAACGAUGGAUACUGGCAGAAGAAGAAAGGACAGUCCAUCUAAUGAGUAAUCCAGGAUUAGUACUCGCUGUUUCAUCACCCAGGAUUAAGCCAGGUGAUACUAUAAGUGCCACACAGAUGCUGGAAUCUCCCAUUGUACUUCAGGUACAGAAUGAAGCUUUGGAUGGAUUAUUGCAGAUACUCAGCUGUGGAACAGCUUUGGAUUAUAUUUAUUCUAUUUUAUCAUCAUUGCAGAACUACAAAGAGUACAGUUAUGGAUCUGCUAAUCAGAAGUGGUUCUGGAUUCCAAAGAUGAAGGUAUUUAGUGCUUAUUAUGCAACGGUUCUGGAUCAAGAAAUAACUGCUGCCAAUCAGGCCUCCAUAUGUACAUUUUCAGUUGCAGGCCCAGAAGAACUAGAUCAACCUGGAUAUUACUUCUCAUCUUCCAAUACAAAAGAAACAAUAAUAUGUCCUACCUGCUCAAGAUCCAUGAGGGGAAAAGCUGUGCUGAAAAUGUUACCAAGAGAUGUUGCUUUCUCCUGUGCGUCUGGCAAAAAGGCAGCUGAAGUUACUGGUUUGGGGCCAUAUAAAUCUCUUACUGUGUCAAAGGUCGAUUUGUCCACAUUGGAAGCUAAGCAUACUUUGUUUUACUAUGAAGAAAUCUUGUCAUCUUUAAAGAAAGAUAUAUCUGUACAGACAGUUUCAGAUGAAAUUUCAGCUGCUAAGACACAAAAGGCAGUUAAAAUAAUAGCUUACAAGAAUGGAGCAGCACAUCAAAAUGGAGAAUUAAUAAUUGCUACAACAUUUCCAAUGUUGCUUUGCUUGUGUACAAAAAGACUUGGACUGUCCUGGCCUGUCACUAAGCUAUACACCAUUGAUGGCACAGCAAUUCUGUCAGUAUCUGAGCUAAUCACAUGGGCUGUAAAUGAGUUCCUCAAAGAAAAUGAUGCAAAAGAUUUAAAAGCAGAGCAAACAGAAUCAGAGCUUCAAUAUGAAGAAGACAAAAGGGUGAUCCAAACCGAAGAUGAGAACACUUUGAAUGGGCAGGUACUGCCACAGGUAACUGUAAAUGACCUGAAAGCUGUAGAUGAAGACCUACUAACUUCAAUCCUUAGGAAUCCCAUCGAAGUCUGGGCAUCCUGUGGAGAAGCCUUUAUAACACUGGAUGUUUUGGAAAAACAACACCAAAGGACAAAGAAGAAGUGGCUUCAGAAAGGAAAGAUUUUAACAGAUCUUGAUUUCAAGAAGCACAGAAUUCGACAACUACAGGGACAGCGUUUGACAACUCUUGAGCCUGCCAAUAUAAUGCCUACAAAGAGCGUAGUUCAACCUGUUGUGGUAGAAGGUGGAUGGAUUCAUCCAAGUAAAGAGGAAGUAAACCUUAUUGAAGAUGUGCACAAGACAGAGAAACAUCUUUCUGAAAUGCAGACACAUCAAAUGAAGAAGCAGCUUGAGAAUUCUCAUAAACAUGUAAACAGUCAGAGGUCACUGUAUGCCCAGCCAGUGAUAAAAAGAGUCCUGGUUUACUUGAAUGGCAGAGAUGCAAAUCAAGGGACUUAUGUCUGGGGCACAACAAUGGAAGAGCUGCUCGAUAACUGCACAUCUCGGCUAAAUAUGUGCAGUCCUGCUCAAAUCCUGUACAAUCCUGAUGGAAAUCAAAUUGUAUCAUGGGACCAAGUGGAGCGUGAUAUGUUAUUGGCUGUUUCAGCUGGAGAGCCUUUUAUGACAAGCAAAGCAAGCAAACAAAAGGUGGAAGUAAGAGCCAAUUACGCUCGAGUCAGGAAGCAGCAUGGCCCUGAUGCAACUGACAUUGUUAUUAGUUUUAAAAGGAAUCCCAAAGUAAAGGUAGAGGCACCAAACCCUUUCCUUGGUCUUCCUUCUUCAGAAAACCUUACUUAACGACUAGGUAGAAUUAUUUCAGAUCUCUUCAGCAUGAGGCUGAAACAGAAUGGUUUUCACAUAAGCAGAUCUCUUCACAAGUAUACAUUGGACAGCAGAAAUCAGAAACCUAUUCGAUAUUUUGCUAAACACUUCUUUGAAUAAAAUGAAUAUGGGCACUGCAAAGCAUCCCAGACAACUUACUUUCUUCAGCUGACCUUUCAACACUGUUAGAGCUGUACUGCUGUUACGCAUGACCAAAGCCUGUUGUCAUAAUAUGAGACCUGCACGUGUCAUCUUGCUAUCUGGAUAGAAACCAUACAGAUCACUUUUUGAACUGGUGUUUUGCAUCAAUACACUGUAUAACAAUGGUCAACAUUGAAGAAAUGACAGUGUCAUAAAGCCACAUAAAUCAGCAGAAGUAACUGCGUUGCGAAUCUAUGAUGUUCUAUUAUACUUCUCAGAUGGCACACACCAUCUUUCAGAAAGUAGCUACAAGUCAAAAUGAUUGUGGCCUCUGUUACUGAGCAUUUAUUCAGACUUUGCAACUGACUACCAUUACUUCUGUUUCAGUAGUUAAUAAGCAGUGUUAUUUGCCAGUAUGUAUAAGUUUUGUUUUGGCUUUUUCUGAUCACACCAGUAUAUUGGAUGGUACUUGGUGAAAUGCUUGUUAGAAAAUCUUGAGAAAUCAUGACUUCUGAAGGACCUGAAUAUUUCAGACGUGAAAUAAUAUGUUGCAGUAAAGAUAAGUGGCCAUAUUAGCAACUGUCUCGUAUGAUAGAAAUAAACUCAUUAGUUACCUUUACCAAAGAGAAAACACAUUAAUAUGGUAGUGCAAAAUGGGGUUUAAUCUUAUAUACAGCUGGAAAAAUCAGGAGCAUUAAAGCAACAAUAUAACUUCCACCCUGGAUCCUGUCACUAAGCAUCAUAAAGUAUUUGUUCUGCUAAGCCAUAUUUUAAUGUUUCCAGAUAAUUGUCUUUGUCUUCCAUAGCUGUUUGCCUUAAACAUGCUAGUUGCCUAGUGUAUACUGUCUCACACAUAACAGCCAUAUACACAUACUUAAACACCUAUGUGUGAGCACAAAUAUGUGUGUGUGUGGGGUCUAUAUCACUUCAACAAAAUGUCUGAAGUUCGAA